AAACAAAGGAGCAGGCGCCACUGUGCAGCAGCAAGCACAUGUCUCAACAGUUACACGAGCUGUUCGACUAAAGAUAAUCAUUAAUGUCGCCAAGUUUUUCAUUUUUAAUGUGUAACAUUUAAAGUCAAAGAUAAAGCACUAGGCUGAAAAGUUGAUCAUCGUUUCAGAUAACUUUAUAAAGGCCACUCAAAUGCUAGCUAAGUUCAUAUCAAACGCGAGCGCAACCUUAACAUUUAAUGGUACACAAUGGCAGUAAGUUAACCUCUACUUCGCUUUUUAAUAACUGAAUUUUAUAAUGUCCACAUUUAGAGUUUAGUUGAGGUGUUUAAACGUCUUGAAAUCGGGUUAACUAGUAACCGCGAGCUAGCUGCUGUCAGUUAACCUGUUAACGUGCUGUUCUGUGUUUAGCACGUUUACGCUGAGGGUCACAAUAUGUAUAUAUAUUUCUAAAAACGUAAGAAGACUCUAAAUGAUUGUUUACUUUGGGUAAACAAACUUUAUUUCUGUUACACAAACAUCUAAAAGGGCAGGGAUUUACUAAAAAUCGACCAUUAUAACAACACCAUCAACGUUACGUUACGGUAAGUUUAAAUUUGCAGCGGUGCUUGAGUCACUCUAAAGGUCCGAAUAAACUUCACAAACACCCGAGUCAUCAUUCGUGAAUCUAACCGACCGCUUAAAGGCUGAAGUUUGUGGUGCAUGAACCAUCGAUAGCAUUAAGAAAGCUACUUCCACCGCCAAGAGAUUAAGAGCAAUAAGCUCGCAGUGAUGGGGCUGCCUGCGCCUUGUGUUCAGUACACCCCGGCUAACCCUAGGCUAACAUUAGAAGAUGGCUGGCUGUGGUUUGAAAACAACAGCCGGGACUGUUUUUAAGAGCGGAGGGAUGGCGGAGGGAUACCGCGAGUGACUGGGCACAAAAAGCCAUGUGCUGCUUUGUUUACAAUAACAUCCUCGAAGAGAGAAAUAAAAAAAGCAGAGGUGCGGAUUUGCUGCUACCGCGUCAAAAAAAAUGCAAAAGGUUCCUGCAGGAAUUUUACACAGAGGAUGACAACGGGAAGAAGCUGUUCAAGUAUGGAGCCCAACUUGUGGCGCUGGCCCACAGGGAGCGGGUGGCUCUUUUUGUGGAUCUGGAUGAUGUGGCUGAAGAAGACCCCGAGCUGGUCGAGAGCAUCUGUGAGAAUGCUAAACGUUACACAGCGCUGUUUGCUGAUGCUGUCCACGAGCUGCUGCCAGAGUAUAAGGAAAGAGAUAUUAUUGCCAAAGAUUCUCUGGAUGUGUACAUUGAGCACAGGCUGAUGAUGGAACAAAGGGGUCGUGACCCUGCAGAUACAAGAGACCCUCGUAAUCAAUACCCGCCUGAACUCAUGAGGAGAUUCGAGCUUUACUUUAAAGCUCCAAGCACCUCUAAACCCAAAGUGGUGCGUGAUAUUCGAGCCGACAGCAUCGGUCACCUGGUUGCAGUUCGGGGUAUUGUGACUCGAGCGACUGAGGUCAAACCGAUGAUGGCUGUGGCUACAUACACAUGUGACCAGUGUGGCGCUGAGACCUACCAACCAAUCCAGUCUCCUUCCUUCAUGCCGCUUGUUAUGUGUCCCAGCCAAGAGUGUGUCACCAACAAAUCUGGAGGGCGACUGUACUUGCAGACGAGAGGCUCCAAAUUCAUCAAGUUCCAGGAACUGCGUAUUCAGGAACACAGUGACCAAGUACCUGUUGGAAACAUCCCAAGGAGCAUGACGGUGUACGUGCGUGGCGAAAACACACGUCUUGCCCAGCCAGGAGACCACGUAGCCAUCACAGGAAUCUUCCUCCCUCUGCUGCGCACAGGCUUCAGUCAGGCUGUUCAGGGUCUCCUGUCAGAAACCUAUCUGGAGUGUCACAGCAUUACACUCAUGAACAAGACUGAGGAUGAUGAACUAGGUAACGAGGAGCUGACCGAUGAGGAGUUGCGAAGCAUCACAGAUGAAGGAUUUUAUGAGAAGCUAGCUGGCUCCAUAGCGCCAGAGAUCUAUGGACACGAAGAUGUGAAGAAGGCUUUGCUGCUGUUGCUGGUUGGAGGAGUGGAACAGGCUCCCAAAGGCAUGAAAAUCAGAGGCAACAUUAAUAUCUGCCUGAUGGGAGAUCCAGGAGUCGCCAAGUCCCAGCUGCUGUCCUACAUUGAUCGUCUGGCUCCUCGAAGCCAGUACACAACGGGUCGUGGUUCAUCUGGGGUCGGUCUGACUGCGGCAGUGAUGCGUGACCCCCUAACCGGUGAGAUGACUCUAGAAGGAGGAGCCUUAGUUCUGGCUGACCUGGGCAUCUGCUGCAUUGAUGAGUUUGAUAAGAUGGCGGAUGCAGAUCGAACCGCCAUCCAUGAAGUCAUGGAACAACAGACCAUCUCCAUUGCUAAGGCUGGCAUCAUGACCUCCCUCAACGCCCGUUGCUCUAUUCUAGCAGCAGCUAACCCCGCCUAUGGCCGCUACAAUCCCCGGAAGAGCAUCGAGCAGAACAUUCAGCUGCCAGCUGCUCUGCUCUCCCGUUUCGACUUGCUGUGGCUCAUCCAGGACAAACCAGAUGCUGAUGCUGACCUGCGUCUGGCCCAGCACAUCACCUACGUGCACCAGCACUCCCGCCAACCGCCUUCACACUUCACCCCUAUUGACAUGAAACUGAUGAGGCGUUAUAUAUCUCUGUGCAAGAAGCGGCAGCCUGUGGUGCCCGAGUCACUGGCCGAUUACAUCACUGCUGCUUACGUGGAAAUGAGAAAAGAGGCUCGGGUCAGCAAAGACACCACCUUCACCUCUGCUCGUACGCUCCUCUCCAUCCUGCGCCUCUCCACUGCACUGGCUCGGCUUCGCAUGAUGGACACCGUAGAGAAGGAAGAUGUAAACGAGGCCAUGAGGCUGAUGGAGAUGUCCAAGGAUUCAUUACAGGCUGACAAAUCCAGCACCACAAGGACGCAGCGACCGGCCGACGUCAUCUUCUCUCUGGUGCGCGAGCUCGCCGCAGAGGGCCGUGGAGCCGGUGGGUUGGUUCGCAUGGCUGAAGCAGAGCAACGUUGCGUCUCUCGUGGCUUCACGCCCGCCCAGUUCCAGGAGGCCUUGGAGGAGUACGAAGAGCUGAACGUGUGGCAGGUCAACCAGGCCCGCACGCGCAUCACUUUCGUCUGAACAACCCGGGACACGCCUUCAUGCACAUUUUGUUUCAGUCACCUGAGGGAGGGUGGGGGACUCUUUGUUGUGGGUUUUCUACAGACUUGUAAUGAGGUUAAGCAUUUUGUAAGUCCAGCAGAUGGAAGAUUCUUUUUAAAUAUGACUAUUAUUGCGAGAAUUCCAGCUAAUGGAAACCCAGAACUCCCGAAGAAUCCUGUUAACAGUACCUUGCUUGUAAAUAUGUACGUCAGAAGUUAGUAUUGUGAAGUAUUUCCUGUGGUUUGGCUGCAAGCAUCCGUUUAACAUUGAGCAUUUCUGUACAUUUUAUACUUGAUGAUGCAAAUCAGACAAAUUUAUAUUGAGCCUUGUAUUGUGAGAGUUAAAAUAAAAUGAUGGUUCAAUA